UUACAUCAUGCCGUGGUAUGGUUCAUUCCUGCUCCCACGCCAUCCUAAAGUCCGAGCCACAACUUGUCCGGAUUCUUUCUGCCUCCGGCGAUCGUUCCCGCCCUCAUAGGAGCGGGUUACACAAUCGAAGCCAAAGCGAUUAUUGUCGUUGAGGCGAUCCGACAACAGAGUUUAAAAAGAACUACAUGACGUCGACAACGGUCUUUUCCAUGGAACCCGACAUAUCAUGUCGGAAAGCACCACCUCUCGCCCCAUCUUGUCGUCCGAACCGACUCGUGAUCGUUCGUGCGCAUGAGGACCAUCCAUUGCUAUCAUCUUCCUCACCCUCAUCGUAGUCCUGACGAGUCGAGGGAUGCGCGGGAAUUGCUGGUAUAGACAGUUUCACGUCGGUUGCUCUCUUCGCUCCCGUCAGGCAACUGCGAAGCUGAGCUUGAGGCCUUCCCGUUGGAAGCAAACGUCACCGUCGUCGUCGUCUUCGUCGUCGUCGUCGUCGUCUUCGUCUUCGUCGCCGGAAAAGAGCGGACCGAAACGGAAGUCGCGGGUCGCCUCGGAAGUCCCCGCCGUGAUAAAAUGGAACAUGGCCAUAACUUCCCAUAUGCGCAGUGGGCAAUGCGAGGCCGCUCUGCGGGUCUUCGACUCGAUGCCCUGCCGGAGCACAGUCUCUUACAAUGCCAUGAUCUCUGGGUACUUGCAGAAUGACAGGUUCGAUCUCGCCAGGCAAGUGUUUGAUGGAAUGCCCGAGACGGCGAGAGAUUUGGUAACGUGGAAUUUGAUGAUCAGUGGGUAUGUGAAGAAUAGGGACCUUUUUGUUGCGCGGGCGCUGUUUGAGCGAAUGCCCGUGAGGGAUGUAGUCUCCUGGAAUGCGAUGUUGUCAGGUUAUGCGCAGUAUGGGUAUGUUGAUGAGGCAAGGCAUAUAUUUAAUGAGAUGCCAACAAAGGAUGCCGUGUCGUGGAACGGGUUGCUUGCGGCGUAUGUACAGAAUGGAAGGCUGGAGGAGGCGCAGUUGUUGUUUAACUCGAAGACUGAUUGGGAGGUGGUACCUUGGAAUUGUUUGAUGGCUGGGUAUGUGAAGAAGAAGCGGUUUGUUGAUGCAAGGAAUCUCUUUGAUAGGAUGCCAAUUAAAGAUAAAGUUUCAUGGAAUACGAUGAUUACCGGUUAUGCACAGAACGGUGAUUUGUCUGAAGCUAGGAGACUGUUUGAGGAGUCACCGACUAAGGAUGUUUUUGCGUGGACAGCAACCUUGUCUGGUUAUGUGCAGAAUGGUUUGUUGGAUGAAGCAAGAAAAUUUUUCGAUCAGAUGCCAGAAAAGAAUACAGUUUCUUGGAAUGCAAUGAUUGCUGGUUAUGUUCAACAUAAGAAAAUCGACAUGGCAAAGGAAUUAUUUGAGGCAAUGCCUUGUCGAAAUAUUGCUUCAUGGAAUACAAUGAUCACGUGCUAUGCUCAGAGCGGCAACAUUUCUCAAGCUAGAAGUUUGUUUGAUGAGAUGCCUCAGCGUGACUGCAUCUCCUGGGCAGCCAUUAUUGCUGGUUAUGCUCAAACUGGUCAUUGCGAAGAGGCUUUGCAUCAGUUUGUAGAGAUGAACAGAGCUGGAGAAAGAUUAAAUAGGUCUGCUUUUACAUGUUCCUUGAGUGCAUGUGCUGAUAUCGCUGCCUUGGAGCUGGGAAAGCAAAUGCAUAGCCGACUAGUCAAGGCAGGAUAUGCGUCUCGGUGGUUUGUGGGGAAUGCAAUUUUGUCAAUGUAUUGCAAGUGUGGAAGCAUAGAAGAAGCUUACGAUGCAUUUCAAGAUAUAAAAGAUAAGGAUGUUGUCUCGUGGAAUACUAUGAUUGCUGGUUACGCAAGGCAUGGAUUUGGAAAAGAAGCUCUGGCGAUUUUUGAGUCAAUGCAGGCAGUGGGCAUCAAACCAGACGAUGUAACAAUGGUUGGUAUGUUGUCUGCUUGUGCCCAUAAUGGUUUAGUUGAGAGAGGGAUGAAAUACUUCCAUACAAUGUAUGAGGAUUGUGGUAUAGCAGCAAAUGACAAACAUUACACUUGCAUGAUUGAUCUUCUUGGUCGAUCUGGACAGCUGGCUGAGGCCGUUAAGUUGAUGAAAAACAUGCCUGUUGAACCUGAUGCUGCAACAUGGGGUGCUCUACUAGGUGCAAGCAGGAUUCAUGGCAACACUGAACUAGGUGAGAAAGCCGCACAGAUAAUUUUUGAGAUGCAGCCUGAGAAUUCUGGCAUGUACAUACUCCUCUCAAACUUAUAUGCAGCAUCUGGUAGAUGGGCUGAUGUGGGUAGACUGAGACUGAAGAUGAGGAACAAAGGUGUAAAGAAAGUACCUGGUUAUAGUUGGAUAGAAGUCCAGAACAAGAUCCAUACAUUUUCUGUUGGUGACCCUUUCCACCCGGAAAAGGAUAGAAUAUAUGCCUUUUUAGAAGAGUUGGAUUUGAAAAUAAAGCUUGUGGGGUAUGUUUCAUCAACCAAGUUGGUUUUGCAUGAUGUGGAAGAAGAGGAGAAGGAGCAGAUGCUAAAGUAUCAUAGCGAGAGGUUGGCUGUAGCAUUUGGCAUCUUGUCGGUUCCUGCUGGUAGACCAAUCCGAGUGUUUAAGAACUUGAGAGUUUGUGGGGACUGCCACAAUGCAAUAAAAUGCAUUUCGAAAAUUGUAGACAGAUUGAUAAUCUUAAGAGAUAAUCACCGUUUUCACCACUUUAGUGGGGGAUCAUGUUCUUGUGGGGAUUAUUGGUGAGAAUAAAGAGAAAUUUGGUGGAAAGUUAAAUAUACCUAUUGACAUUUUUGUAAGACGAAACAGAUUUGGCUGCACUGUUGGGAACUUUGUAGGCUGAAAAAGGGGAAAAAAAGGAAAGAGAUGGCCUAUUUUUCCAGCAACGCUGGGUCUAAAUUGCACGUAAAAUUGAUCUCUGCGGGCUUUUUCAGCAGUUAAUGGGAAGGAGGAUGUUCUUAAGUAUAUUGCAUGCUUCCCUUCCUCGUGACUCGUCUUUCCAGUGAUUGCUUGCCAACAGUCUUGAGAGCAAGUGGCAAGCCUUUGCACUCUCAACAAGCUCUGGGAUAUUAUCUGCAGCUUCUGUAGUUGUUUCUCCACCUACAUGCUGCUUAAACAUUUCGAGUGCCUUUUCUAGGGGCAAAGGUGGCACCUUCUGUCUCUUGUUCGCUUUCAUCUAAAAGCGUACUUAGUCAGAUCUGGUUGUGCAGAUGAGCUUUAAUUCUUUCUCAUUCAGUGGAGGAAUUCCUAUAUGCGUACAAGAACAAGCAUCAUCUAAAAAGAGCAAGAACUUUUUAGUUUGAACAGCUCUUGGGUUCAAAUCUGUUGUUUCUCACACACCACUGGUAAUCUAAUACUUUUUCCAGAUAGCUUUCUGGAUUUUCUCCACUGUGGCACCUUCCUUGGACAUGAGAAUUUAGACAAUGGGAUCAUAGUUGUGGUUGGACUGCAGGAACUAAGUAUGGAUCUUCAUCAGCAGGGGGGACUUUCCAAGUCCAACCAUUGCAUAUAUCCCAAAUACUCUCACGCUCUCACUCUCACCUUCCUCCCAACUCCAGACAUCCUUGAACAUUGCUUCAGUCCACACGUACUUCUCCAUUUGCCGUCUCCUCCAAUGGAGGAUGAGCAGACACAUGUAUGAUGACAUCGAAGCUUUGACCCUUAUCCACAAGUUCUUUCACUUCAUUCUGCUUCAUCUGAACCAACUGCCAAAGUUUGUAGCUGGACAAACGAUUCUUUGGACAGUAAACUUCCCAUACACUUCUUCCUAAUCUCUCCAUCAUCAUUUGACAGAAUGUCAUUUACUGCAUGAUAACCUCUGUGCUUUUAAUCCACCGAUUCUCUUCAUCUCUGACUCUCUGCUGUUGCUGCUUGGCAAGUUCAGUUGCUCCUUGUCUCUCUCCAAGACCUUGAAAAUCUCUUGAAGGUCCAUGCAGUAGCAGGCAUGCUUGGAACCGCAAUCCUGUAACUUUGGGAGUGCCUCCAAGAUUGGACGCACUAAAUUUACGGUGAAACGGGAGUUUUAUGCACUUUGUUACACACUAGAUGAAGUUCAUAACAAUAAGUGGCAUCAGCUUCGAAUACCCGUUGCCUGAAUAAUGGGACCUCGAGGACGUAUAUUCUUCGUGCGGUGUGGGCUGAAUUAUUGCACAGGUCGACUAGUAUCUCUUUAAUACAACUGAUCAAUCAAUGCUGUUUCUUUUCCUUGAACGUCAAUCAUGGGACCAACUGUUUUCUCUCCCUUGUAAGAUUAGGCGGGGAACUUGGAGAAAUUUUCAGUUGCUCUUGGAAGCAAUCGUCACAUGUUAAGUGAAGCAAUUUUUCA